UCUUAUCCUCUCCCACUCCCUUCUCCACCGCUCACUCGCAUCCCACACACUCGCCUUGCGGAGAACUGUCUUGCGCCAGCGACGAGGCAGGGGACGUCAGAAAGGAGCCAGGGGGCGACAGAGACGAGGAGAUGGAAGAACGCCGUCUAGCAGCUCCACCGUACCCAACAUCGGGGGUGUCCCGCGGCAGAGACAAGGCGGGCUGCGCCGUCCUCAAGGCAUUGCGGCUUGCGGCCAUGGGGGAGGAGGCUGAGGAGGCCCCUUGGUUGUGCUCCGACGGAUCCCGGAUGGAGAGCCCGAGCGCUAGCGUGGGGAGGAACCGCCGGUUGCAGCGGUGGCGGCGGAGAGGAGGCCCGGCGAAUGAGCUGUGAUGGAGAUGGCCGCGCUUAGGUGCGGCGGGGGCGACGGAGAGGAGGCGCGGCGAAGGAGCUGCGCUGGAGAUUGUCGCAUUUAGGUGCGGCGGGUGUCGAGAUGUAGCCGGAGACCUACGCUGCGUGGUGGCACUGCUUCCGUCGGCGCUGGCCGCGCACUUCCUGGUGGCCACCACGGAGCUCCAACUUGGCAUUCACGAGUUUGAACUGCGCCAAGGACGGGGCGGCUCGCUGGACUAGCCAUCCCAUGUCUACUACCAAUAGCGCCCGAGCUGGCUGUCAACGAAGAGAUGGUGUCCUGAGGUAUGCCAUGUUUCUCAGUUGUUUUCAUACGAAUUGUGCAUAGCUCUUGACCACCGAGAUUACAAGUUCGCACAUCUACUGAGCAUGUGAGAAGCUCAUCUGGUUCUGGUAGAGUGUGGAGUUAAGGGCUUUCGAUCAAGUUCAUGUCAAAAUGUUGGCAACACGUUCUAUAUUUCAAUGGCAAAUAUCAGAUGACAAGAUUUAGAAAUUGUUUGCCUUGCAUUUUUGAAAUAUAACCAAUUUGAAUCAAAAUCCAUGGCAAAUUUGCAUAGUUUGGCAGUGAAAUGUAAAGUUAACAAUUCUGGGAUUUUGUACAUUAUGCUAUAUUACAACAAUAAAAAACAAAAAAUGUACAAAAAUGAUAGUAAAAUGGUUUAUAGUCGUGGCAAUUGCUAGACAUUAUUUAGUAUUGGUAUGAUGGCAAGUUAAAAAUUUGUUCUUAUAACAAUUUUUCAAGUUUUGCCACUCUACUGACUGAAUCAUUUGUUUUGUGUGAUCUGAACAAAACAGAGAUACAUACUAGUCUUCCAGGACAGAAUGGUAUUUUUGUGUCCCUAGAUUUUGUUGUGGUGGUGAUAGGCUAUGAGUUUUGAGAAGAAAAUAAAUGAUUUGUGGCUGGAUUGAUCAGGCUAUGGGCGCUGAAUCUGUAGUGGGGAAAGGGAUUUUUGGAGUUUGUGGUCAUCUUCGUUGAACAACAUCAGCGAUAAUUAAGCUGAAAAGGGAUAUGGAGUAAUCAAAGCUGCUUUUCAUUUAGAGAGAAUGAUUCAGAACUAAACAUGUACUGUAUGAUACAUUUUUUCUUAAAUUUGCCGUCUCACUGUAUAAUUUUUUUAAAUUUUCAUGGAAGAUGGGAAAUAUAGUUAUCAAAUGAUGGUAAAUUCAGUUCUCGGAUCAUGGAAAAAUCAUUGCUUUCUUGCCAUGGCAACUUUCAAUUUUGGAUCAUAGCGCAAAUUUACUGUUUUCAACCAUGGCAACUAAUCUUAUACUUUUUGCCAUGCAAACAUUAAAAAAGUAUUUGAUUGAUCGUGGCAAAAUUUAGUUUACGCAUCAUACCAAACUUGCUUCCUGUAAGAUGGCAAACAUAGUUAUCAAAUCAUGGCAAAUUUAGUUCUGGAAUCAUGGCGGAUUCAUUGCUUUCUUGCCAUGGCAGCUUUUGAUUUUUUAAAUUUCCGCGGCAAUUCUUUAAAUUGUCGAAAACAACACAAAAUGGCAAAUAUUGCCAUGGCAAGUUUUACUAAUUAUUUCACCUUCAUUAACAUGGCAAAAUUACCUACAUCCCCAUGGCAAUUUUAACACUUUAUUGCCAUGGCAAGUUUUACUAUUUAUUUUCCAUGGCAAAUUUACCUUUAUUAACAUGGCAAAUUCACCUAAGUCCCAAUGGCAAUAUUUAACUUUUAUUGCCAUGGCAAGUUUUACUAUUUUUUGGACUUUUAUUAACAUGGCAAAUUUACCUAAAUCGCUAUGGCAAUAUUGAACUUUUAUUGCCAUGGCAAGUUUUACUAUUUAUUUGCCAUGGAUAAAUAUACCUUGGUUCAGGAUGUUGUGUAGUUGAUACUUGCAAUGUUCAUGGCAAUUUCAUCUCUGUCCUUGUUCAUAAACAAUAGCAAAUUUAUACUAUAUAAGGCUCUAUAUGACAAAAUUCAUGCGAUUUGCGGUGGCACCUUUUUAUUUGAAAACAUGGCAAAUUUACCAUGGCAAGAUAUGAUUUUCAGAAACAUGGCAAAGUUUAUAGAUGUUCAAAAACAUGCCAAACUUGCCAUGUCAACUUAAUAUGUUCAAAAACAUGGCAAACUUGCCAUGGCAAAUUAAUAUGUACAAAAACAUGGCAGUUUUUGGGCCUACAAAUAUUGUAAUUUGUUUUUAAUUCUUGAAGGCAAUUGUGUUUCUGGGCUGGGCUGGUCCGUUGGAGGGGAGGGAGGGAGGUCGUUUGGGAAGGAGAGCUCUUUCAAUCGAACAAAAACGUUCGUCGCGAGGGAGCUGAUUUACCGAACAAAAGGUUCGGUUUGGGAUGUCCCCAGACCGAAUGGUCGGUGGUUAUCGGGGUCCAAUUUUUUCUAUACAUGCACAAUGGCAAUUUUUGUACAAAUCUUUUUUGUUCUAUCUUAUAUAGCCAUUUUUUUGUUUUUUUGUGUGUUUUCAUAAUAUCAUGGCAAAAUUUCCACACUCAUUUGCCAUGAAGUGUGCAUGAACAUCAUGGCAAAUCAUUUCUGUAAUAUACCUUUUUUUUCAUGAUCGUAUGGUAGUUUUGUUCAUUAAAGGAUGGCCCCAUUUUGGGCUGGUUCGCUGGAGGGGAGGAGCCAAAUCGCUAACGACAAGGUUGUGCAAUGUGGGAUCGUUCGGGCUUGAGGGGUACUUCUACCGAACGAGUUUGUUCGUUCCAGCGACCCUUCCAGCACGAACGAUUCGUUCGGGCUGGGUGCCUCCACGCCGAACGUUCGGGGGUUAUCGGUGUCCAAUGUCUGAUUUUAUUUCUCAUGCCUUUGUAAAUGACCUUGCGAUUAUUUGAGAAAUAAAGUCUUGAUGUUUAAAAAAAACAUUCGUUACGUUUUUUUUGUUGCAUGGUAAACCAUUUGCACGUUUGCCAUUGCUUGUGUUUCCUACCUUCAGCAAAAAGUAUAAAAUUGCUUGUGUUUCCAAACGUAUACGUGCCGACUGUUUUUUCUGGAAACCCCGCCGAGCGUAUUUAGGUUUGCCUGCACCGUGCAAGUAUGCAGCGCGACACAGGCUGAGGUGAGCGGCGGCGGCCGAAUGCCAGGCACAAAUGCACGACCACCUGGCCGCCCUCCUCCGCGGCGGCGGCGGCGGCCGUCACCCGCGCGCAGUCCACGGCGCCGCCGCGAAGCUCGGCUGCCUCGCCUCCACCUACCUCUGCAACAACCUCCUACUCUCCUACAUCAGCGGCAGCCUCCACGCGGAAGCGCGCCGCCUGUUCGACGAAAUGCCCCAGCGCAACGUCGUCUCCUGGUCAGUCCUCGUCUCCGGCGCCUCUCGCCUCGGCGACCUCCGGGAGGCCUCUUUUCUCUUCUCCGACAUGCUUCGUAGCGGGGAGAGCGGAAGCUGCGACCGCCCCAACUCGUUCGUGCUGGGCGCGCUGGUCGCCGGGUGCGCCCGUGCCAAAGACACCGCCGCGGGCUCACAAGCGCAUGCCUCCGCUCUCAAGUUUGGUGUGGCCGAGGACGAGAGCGUUGCGGGGGCGCUGGUGGAUAUGUACUCCAAGUGCGGGCGCGUGGACUUGUCCUGGCGGGCGUUUGCGGUCUCGCCGCAGAGGUGCGUCGCCAGCUGGACGAGCAUAAUCAGCUGCCUUGUCAACCAGGGAUGUUCAGAGCACCGUGAUGCAGCAAUUUCCUUGCUAAAGAAGAUGCUGCUCUUGAAGGUUUGGCCAACAAACGCAACGUUUUCCUGCAUCCUGAAGGUAUUUGAUGCACCUGAGUUGCUCCCUGGUGGGAAGCAAAUCCACGGCUGCUUAUUGAAGAUGGGAACUGAGGUUGAUCCUGCUUUAGGAACUGCCCUUAUAGCGAUGUAUGGUAGAUGCGGUGGAGUGAAUGAGAUGUCUAGGUUGUCUUGCCGUAUAAGGCAUGAUGCCUUCUCCAGGACUUCACUUCUUGUAGCUUUUGCGCGGAAUGGAUGCAACAUGGACGCAGUUUGGAACUUUCGUGAGAUGGUCAUGGAAAAUAUGGCAAUUGAUCAGUCAGCUGUAACUAGCCUACUGCAGGUUUGUUCAUCAUUAGGACAGCUGAGAGUGGCCAAGGAGGUCCACUGCUAUGCUCUGAAGACUUUCUUUAAGCUGGAUACAUUACUGCUCAAUGCAACUAUCACUGUUUAUGGCAGAUGUGGGGAUGUCACAAGUGCAGAGAUUAUAUUUAAUCGUCUGGAAAACAAAGACAUUAUAUCAUGGACGGCAUUAUUAACUUGCUACGCGCAAAAUAAUCUUGCUCUGGAGACACUCUUGCUCUUCAGGGAAAUGCUUCGGAAAGGCUUAGGAUCUCCCGUCUUUUGCAUUACCAGUGUGCUAAGGGCCUGUUCUAGCACCACAAAUUAUGCUGUUGGGUGGCAAAUUCAUUCGAGGGUGGUGAAGUUAGGACUUGAUGAUGCCAAUUCGGUUGAGAAUGCCCUUUUGACCAUGUACGCCAAGUGCGGAAGUGUUCAUAUUGCACUGAAGAUUUUCAAUUCAAUGAGGAGUAGAGGCAUUAUCUCGUGGAAUGCACUAAUCACAAGUUUUUCACAGCAUGGAAAUGAGGUGGCAGCCAUUCAGCUAUUUGACCUGAUGCAAGAAGAAGCAGUUUGUCCAGAUGAUUACACUUUUGUCGGGUUGUUAUCAUCUUGCAGCCGAAUGGGCCUAGUUGCUGAGGGUUGUGAGUAUUUCAAACUGAUGAACACCAAGUACAGUGUGAAGCCUAAGAUGGAGCACUACACAUGCAUGGUUGAUCUUUUUGCCCGCGCUGGAAGAUUUUCGGAUGCACUCGAGUUUAUUGAUGCUAUGCCUUGUCAUCCGGACCAACUCGUGUGGGAAGCUUUGCUAGCUUCAUGUAGGACUCAUGGUAAUGUGGAGUUGGGAAGGCUGGCAGCAAAGAAGAUUCUUGAAAUAAGACCAGAUGAUCCUUCACCAUACAUUACAUUAUCCAGCAUUCAUGCUUCAAUUGACAUGUGGGAAGAGAAGGCUUGGAAUCGUACUGUGUUUGAUGUCCAGCAAGUAAGAAAAGAUGUGGGAAGUAGUUGGGUUGCUGGAGAAGAAUUUUCAGAUAAUACAUGUGAUGUAUUGCAAGUUGGAAUAACGUAAGAUUGGUGAUGCGUUGAUGUGUCGUUUUCUACACAUCAGGUGGAGUUACACUUGAUGGUUGUAUUGAGGCAUAAUGGACUCAACCGUGUGAGAUUGACUGACUGCUUGCCACGGUUGUCAUGUCUGGGAAUUGAGCCCAAUGUCAUAUCUAAGAUGACUUGGUACAAAGGACAAGAUUAUUAUCCUUUAUAUGCCAUAGGACAUGGUUGCAAUAUGUUUCUUAUCUUAAGGUGAGUUUUGAUGUUAUUGGAAAUUUAGAGGUGUAAACCCAUUAUUGGAAGCAAAUGCAAUGCCAGGCAUCAAUACCCUUUUUGCAUUCAACCUGCAAUGGAAGCAAAGAAGACACAAUGCUAAUGUCAUGUUAACUGCAACAUCAACAAUCUGUAUACGAGGAUCUCGUAUGUGCUUACUAUUCAGUAUUCACAAUUCAAAACACUGGAGCUUCACUACUGAAUAUAUGUCAGUAUGUGAUGAUGCGUGCGAUUUUGUUGAGCUUAGGGAUGCAAAGUGGUGUCCCAUGUCAGCCCGCUUCCUUCAGUUGAUAAAAAAAAAGUCUGGCCCCUAUUUGCUGUAAUCAGUGCAUUUUAUACUGGUAGCUUAGUUUAGUGGGCCUUAGCAGGAUGCCAUUUUGCAUCCCUAGUUGAGCUUGUAAUGUAAGUAACUUAUUAGUCAACUGCAAAUUCUGCUAGUCAUAUUGAUCCUUGAUUGAUCUCUUUUGAGGUAAUUUAUCCAUGACUGGGCUACCAUUAACUAGAUAUAAUCAUAUUUCCCAGAUAGCCAAAAUACAAGAUGGGUGGAACAGUCAACAGAAGAACUGUAGAGCAACUAUUUUUCGAGUACUUGGAUCUCAUGAAGUGAUCUGACUUCAGUUUACAUUAUACCAGUACAAAUUCUUACAUGGAAAACUAGUUGGAACUUAUGUGCUCUAUGUAUAUAGUGUUAUUAUUUGCAUAUCACUUCUCCUCUCCAAACGGUACAUUUGAAUGCGCUUUAUUUGUCACACCAAAAAAUGAAUUGAAUUGUAGUAGUGUAGUGCAUGCUUUCUAACAUUAGUUGGUGUUACAUCUGAACUGUUUGGGAGUUCUGCAAUCCUAGAGCGUGCUGCAAUGACGCCCCAUGCUGUUAGUUCUCUUCGACUUCAUGAAAAGGAAGUGGAACAACCUUCACAGCUCUGAACUUCCCUGCAUUGUUUAGGUGUUCGUUCUCCAGCCUGACAGAGAAGUUAUUCAUAAUGUUCUUUUAGUGUAAAUUCAGGCUUGUAUAUCCAUCACAAUGAAAAAUUCAAGACUUAGGAUUCACUGGCAAAAACUUUACCUGUAGAAGUUCCAAAGGCCCCGUCGAAUCACCUCAAGAGCUGCCAAAAAGAACAGAGUUACUCUAGAAUCCAGGCUUCCAAUGUUAGGGUGGAUGACAGUUUGAAGCCAAGCAAGCCUCAAAAGAAGGUUCAAACCCUGUAAAAUGUCAGGCUCUCUGUACUUCAUUGCUUUCCUUUUGUCACCGCUUGCGAAAUGUCUCACAAACAGCUCCUCGACAUCGUCCAUUAACCUGAUUGCCUAUUAAGAGGAAGUUUUCAGUCAGAACUCGGAACCUUUGGAGUUUUGGUAGAGUGAAAUGCUUCAGAUCUUCUCAAGUGUGCUGUAUGAUUGGAAAAUACCUUGUCGGAGCUAUUAAAGUAGGAGCUCUCCACUACUUUCAGGCAAUGCGAUAAGGAGAGAGGCAUUGGCAGGAACCUUGUCAAAUUUCUUCAAAAUCUUCACAAAAGCCAGCAUGUUCAAGCUCCUGCAACAAGAGUGCUUUCCCUGUCAGUACCCACUCGGUGCACAAAGCAGAACAACAUACCAAGUUAUCAGCUACACCUACCGAUAUGUCUUGAGGUACCCCAAGCCCUUGUACAGCUCAACCAGGGCUCCUCUGAUCAUCUUCUCUGCCUGGUGCACCUUUUUCUUGUUGAUGCUCAACUUCUCACCGCCAUCACCACCAUUCCCCCCAGUCUUCCUUGACUGGCUUAGCAUGUCAUCGAACAGAAGUUCACGGAUGGCGAACACGGUCCUCGACGGUGUGGUGACUGGAAUGUUGAUCCUCACGCUCCUACCCUGGCAAGUGACUGCCCUUCCCGAGAA